AUGGAUAUAGAGCAAGAAGAGAUGCAAUUUCUUGGGCUCUUUGGCAUCUACAAAGAAGCCUACAAGGUGAUCUUCAGAUGGAGAAAAAUCUUCAGCCAAAUUACGCUUUCCUUAAUCCUCCCUCUGUCUUUCAUCUUCUUAGCCCACAUGGAGAUCUCCAAUCUCCUCUACAGAAACAUCAUCCACACCGAGAUUCAGCUCGACGAAACUCGAGCCGGGACUUCGAGAUACAACAAGCUUUCCCAGGUGAUUUCCGCUGAGAGAACGUAUUUCUGGCUUUUCCAAGCUGCAUACAUGACUUUCUUUCUCAUCUUAUCGCUCCUGUCGACGGCGGCCGUCGUUUAUACCAUUGCCUCUGUUUACACCGGCAAAGAAUUGAGUUUCAAGAAGGUUUUGAGCGUCGUCCCCAAGGUUUGGAAGCGACUUAUGGUCACUUUUAUCUGCACUUUUGUUGCUUUCUUCGCAUACAACGUUUUCGCAGUUUUAGUUGUCAUUCUUUGGGGGGUCUCAAUCGGCGAUACAAGCUUCGGCAUGCCAAUUCUCUGGGUUAUUUUCAUCUUGUACUUGGUGGGUUCUUGUUAUUUGACCAUAAUUUGGCAUUUGGCCAGCGUUGUGUCUGUUUUAGAAGAGUCCUGCGGAUUUGCUGCCAUGGUGAAGAGCCAAGCUUUGAUUAAAGGAAAAUUGGUGGUGACUUCGGUGAUCUUCUUCAAGCUGAAUGCUUCUCUUUACAUCAUUCGAAGAGUUUUUCAGCAUCUGGUUGUCCACGGAUGGAGAGUGGCCAUGGUGAACAGGAUUUCAUAUGGGAUCCUUUGUUUUUUGUUACUCUUCAAGCUGAUUUUGUUCUGGCUUGUCAUCCAAACGGUGAUUUACUUCGUCUGCAAAUCGUAUCACCAUGAGAAUAUUGACAAAUCGGCUCUAUCGAAUCACCUGGAAGUUUAUCUGGGAGAAUAUGUUCCUUUGAAAUCCAAGGAUGUCCAGCUUGAACAAUUUGAAGAAAGAUUUUAUGAUAUUUACGAGCAUGAUUUGAACCUUUUUACACUGUUCAACUACGAUCCAACAAUCCACAAUGUGGUGGCUGUCAACAGAGGAAGUUACAGCAGCUGCUCCGCUCCGGCGGGUGCCAAAGUGUUUAAAUCAGGCAAGGAUCGGAUCAAGUUGGUGAAGGGACAAAACUUCAUCUUAUGCAGCUUCUCUGGACACUGUCAAUCUGGGAUGAAGAUUGCUGUUAAUGCCGCAUAA